UAAGAUCAAGUAUGAGAAAACUUAUCAGUAUUUGCGGGGCCAUGGACCACCCAGGAUGGAUUUCGGAGCGUUCAGCCAGAUUCUUGAGAGAUCAAGACCGGCUGCAAGGAAGAUUCUUGUCGGUAGUGCGCCGUUAUUGCAGCCUUUGACUGAGGCCGAGGCGCUGGGUUACGAAGUGUCAGUUCUUGAGCGGGUUGUUAAGCCGCAGCCUUCUGCGCAUUCAGAUUCAGACGGAGGCCCUAUUGUCGUGAAGACGUACGGAAAGAACGGUGGUAAAUCAUAUGUGGACCCAAAGCCCAAGAAGGGGGAGCAAGGUGUUGACGAGCUCUUGCAUUUGAAAAUGCUGGAGUCGAUUGUGGAUUAUGAACCUGCUACUAUGGUUGUGGGCACCGGAGACGGUAAUACGGCCGAGUUCAGCAACGGUGGAUUCUUUAGGUGUGUCGAGCGAGCUUUGCAGCGUGGAUGGAAGGUUGAGUUGGUUUGUUUCAAACGGCCCAUGAGCCGAAUUUGGGAGGACAAGAAGUUCAGGGCGGAGUGGGCGGGGCGUUUCAGGGUUGUAUUCUUGGAUGAGUUUACCGAGUGUUUGACCUUGUGAGAAGGUUUCUAGGGAUUGAGUAGCUGGAUUGUUGCUACCAUACUUGAUCGCGAACGUGGGAUAGAUUCCCGGACGUCGGCAUUCAUGGAUGCCACUGGCAAAACGGUAUCGCGGGC